AUGGGUGGCCAAAAAUUCGAAUAUGAUGAAAGUGGAUCUACAUUCUUUUACUUUGUUCUUUCAUUUCUUGCUCUGAUUCUUGUACCUGCAACAUUUUAUUACUGGCCAAGGAAAAGGAAAGAAGAUCCAGCAAAACGAGCAGAACUAUGUCAAUGUCCAAAUUGUGUAAACAAACAGAUCAUAAUAGAACAAUCACAACCUUACAAGGGUGUAAAAAACUUCUUUAUAAAAUUAGCGAUAAUAUCGGGAUGGGUGCUACUUGGAUUCUUGGCAUACAAAGUGUCACAAUUUGACUAUGAAAUGUCCAACUUUGAUCCUUAUGAUAUACUGGGCCUGCCACCUGGUGCUACCCAAGCUGAGAUAAAGAAAUCAUACCGCAAACAAUCACUCAUCCUCCAUCCUGACAAAGAGACUGGUGAUGAAAAGGCCUUCAUGAGGCUUACGAAAGCUUAUCAGGCACUUACUGAUGAUGAAGCUCGCCGGAAUUGGGAGAAGUAUGGUAACCCUGAUGGCCCUGGUGCUAUGAGCUUUGGUAUUGCCUUGCCGAGUUGGAUUGUGGAAAAAGAGAAUAGUGUCUGGGUGCUUGGUCUCUAUGCCUUAGUGUUCAUGGUGGCAUUGCCAACUGCUGUUGGUACUUGGUGGUACCGUUCUAUACGCUUUUCUGGGGAGCAAGUCUUGUUAGAUACUACACAAAUGUACUUCUAUUUCUGUCAUAAGACACCAUCUAUGCCAUUGAAGAGAGCUCUCAUGAUCCUUGCAGCUUCCUGCGAGUUUGAUAAACGGCAUAAUUCAGAAAUUAUAGAGAGGAUUACUGAUAAUGAGGAGGUUCCUAUGUUGCUACGUGAGUUACCAAACUUGGGAGAAAAGAACAAAGAGCAGCCAUUAUGUCGACCAUACAGUAUCAAGGCGCGAGCACUACUCCACGCGCACCUGUCACGCAUGCGCCUGCCGCCUGAGACCUUGGAGUGUGACCGUCGGUACAUAGUGUCGCGCUGCCCAGACCUCAUCGUAGAAAUGGUCAACUGCGUCAACCAACUCAUUGCUUUAGCUUAUGCUAGGAGAAUUCCACGCCUGCCGACUAUCGAAACAAUAGAAAAUUGUAUGAAGCUAUCUCCAAUGAUAGUCCAAGGCUUGUGGGAGUACAAGUCACCGCUGCUACAACUGCCAUACAUCACUGAGGAUCACCUGAAGUAUUUCACAAAUAGGAAGAAGCACAUUAAGUCACUACUGCAACUCGCCCAGUUACCUGGUGAAGAGAGGAGACAAGUGCUAAGGUUCUUGAAUGAUAAGCAAUAUGAAGACCUCAUGAAAGUGCUCGGCAACAUGCCCUAUAUACACUUCCAGGUUAACACUGAAGUAAUUGACGAUGAGAACUCGACGGUAGUGACAGCGGGUGCCAUAGUGACAGUGACCGUGUUGCUGCGUCGAACCAAUAUGAAGGAACUCUUCGGAGACACUACGAUCAAAGAGAAAGAAAUUAUUAAGGACGAUGAAGAAGGUGGUACUGGGGACAAUGGAGAGAAGGGGGAGAAUGACAAGAAUGACAAGAACGACAAGAAGGAGACGUUCAAGAGGCCUGUAUGGAUGAAACAAGCUAAGAAGCACCCUCAGUCUAAGAAGUCCAAGAAGCCAGUUGCAGCUAAAGCGCAGGCCAAACCUGCAGCCGCGCCCGCCGCUCCGGCCGCCGCCACCUCCACGCCGCCACCACCAAAUAACGAAACCAAGAAAACUAAAGAACCAAAGAAGAAGGAUGAAGAAGGUGAAGAUUCGGAAGUGGGCAGCUCUGACGAGUCUGGUUCUCACAGCGAUGCGUCGGAAGACGAAUCGCGCGACAAGUCGUCAGCGGCCGAGGACGACGAUGACCAAUGGGAGAAGUUCCAGAAGAGAAUACAGAAACGUGAACGAUUGGAGGGACGGUCGAAGAGCUCGCAUCCUGUACAUUGUCCUUACUUCCCACAGGAGAAACAAGAGUACUGGUGGUGUUACAUCUGCGACCGCAAGUCGCACACGUUGCUGACGGCGCCGGCGCAUGUGACGGCGCUGGUCGACACGCACGAGCUACAACUUCGCUUCACCGCGCCCCGCUGGCCGGGGCUCUACACCCUUGCUUGCUGCCUACGAUCAGACUCGUACAUUGGUAUGGACCAGCAACAAGACAUGAAGCUGGACGUGAAGGAGGCGGCCGCAGUGCCCGCCGAGCACCCACAGUGGGACCUCAGCGACUCUGAUACUGAUAACAAUGAUCAGGGAGGCAAUGAAAGUGAAUUCACAACAGACGACGAGGUAGAAGAAGAGUAG